AUGGAUACUUUGAAAGAUGUUCCCGAGUUUUUCGAAACUCAGCUUGAUGAGUCUAUAGCUGCCAGAACAGAAAACUUAGCGUCAUUUCGUGAGCUUGGUCCUCCUGACCUUUGCCAUAUCACUAAGUCUAAUGCCAAGCCCGGUGUAAAAGAGGUCGGCUCUUAUCAUUAUGUUUCCGGUGUCGAUGCUUCUUCUUCAGCUACCUUAGCUGCAUACCUCAAUUCAUUGACCUACGCACUGUUUGAUUAUUCCAGUUGCUUUAACGCCUUUUCACGAGUGGACGUGCGUGUUGAAGUUAAGAUUCCCGGUGGUGUUGAAACUACACCAGAGAUGUGGCAAGAAACCUACAUUUCAGCACUUCUACGCUCUAUACUUUAUUCAGACGAUGCUAAUUAUCGGCUUGCUGGAUUCCGCAAAUUAGACCCUAUCCCAAAUAUAGAGGCGGAAGCACAUUUCUUAGAAGCUGCUGAAUCACUUUUUUUUAAAGACCCAGAAAUUCAAGUUGCAACUGUUGUUAGCAAUCAUUUAACCACUGAUGAGGAAAUAAAGGCGGUCAAUAUUUUGUACGAGGCCCUAAAACAGAAUCAAAUGAGUUACGCGCUUCUACAUGUUCAAACAGAUUUUUUGUUGUCCAAGGGAAAAAAGUCUUAUGCACUAAAACUCGCUAAACAAGCGGUAAAUUGCGCUCCUUCCGAGUUUGUUACCUGGGCCAAACUUACUGAGGUGUACAUUGAGCUUGAAGAUUACGAAUCGGCAUUGUUGACUCUGAAUUCUUGCCCAAUGUUUACAUAUAACGACAGAGAUAUGCAUAGGAUGCCAACCCCAGCAAAGACUCAUCUUCCUAUUAAACAGGAGAUUUCAAGUGUUGGACUCUUGGAUGAUGAUAAUGGACGAGAUACUGAGGCUGAUGUAGGUCUUUUACGCCUUCCGGCACCAUCCCUUCGAGGUACCUUUGCUAAAGCGUAUUCUUUAUUAACACGUCUGGUUGCCAAAAUUGGGUGGGAUGAAUUAUUAAAAUGCCGAUCUUCUGUCUUCGUAAUGGAGGAGGAAUAUCGUAUGCAAAAAGCUGCUGAAGAAGAACGGAGAAAUCAAAAAUUGGCUGUUAACAAUAAACCACACGAAAAAGAGGAUAAUAAAGAGCCUGAUGUUGUUAAAGUUAAAACAAAUGGUGUAAACGAUUCAUCUCAAUCUAUUCCGACAAUCACAAUAUCAGGUGACUCCAAUAAUGAUAAGGAGCAUAAUGUUUCACCAGAUUCACAGGAAAAUCAAACCACUUUAGAAACAGUUAAUGAAGUUCCUGAGCAGAGUUUGGAGACUGAGCAGAGUUUGGAGGAGACUGAUAAUCAUGAUGAUAAUGAAGAACAAGAACAAAAAAAAUAUAUAAAUCAUAAUGCUCCUGCUGAUGAACAAUCAGUUGAUUCUUUAGAAGAAGUUAAUUUGGACGACGAACAAUCUGGUGUGGGUGAGACUUCUACACCAGUAAUAGAAUUCAAGGGACCUGAAUUGGAAAAGCCAACACAAGCUGCUAAUGAUGAUAAAAAUGAAAGCCAAAGUCAAAAUAAUGAUGAACAAAAUAAGGAUUUGAGGGUUUACACGGUUUGGCGCUCAGAAGUUGCACAUUACAAAGCUCAUCAAAUGUCUUAUCGUAAAACUGGUACUGAAUGGGAAAUUUUGGGAGAUUUAGCAGCAAGACUUCACCACAAGGGGGACGCCAAGGAAGCCUACACACGUUGCCUUGAUAAUAAAUUUUCAGCUAAAGCCUGGCUAAGACUGCUAGAAUUUUAUGCAGAGGAAGGAGAUGUGCCUCAUGCUUUAAGUGCUGUAUAUCCAACCGCUAUUGCAUAUAAUCUCAACAAAUUGAUUCGGAGUGAGGGACUUUCUAAAAUACAUUACAACCUUAUCUCCAUGAAUUUACCACCACCUGUAGCCAAAUUGGUUACAAGAUACCUUAUUUUUGCUGAAACUUUUAAAAUUCCCGGAUCAGAUUUCUAA